AAAUAGGUCAUAUAUAGGAGAAGGGAGCCAGUUUUUCCUCCUGACCUCUUCCUCUUUUUUCCCUUCCCAGGGCAUUCACUCACUUUUUGUCACUUUUUGUCACUCUUUGUCCUCCCUCACGUUCAUUUAACCGACCGUCAGUCGUUCAUUUUGACUACAAGUUUGCUGAAAAUGAAGUCGUUCACUCUCCCCAUCCUCCUCGCCGCUGGCCUGGCUGCGGCCCGCACGGAUCUUGUUGGUUGUACUAAGUCCGCAACUGUGAAUCAAUGGGGCCAGGCCAGUAUGAUCUGGUACGUUCCCGAUACCGGCGAGAUCUGUGAUUUCCCCGACUGCGGCGGCGGUCGCGCUCCUCCCAAGCACAACCAGCCCGGAUGCGCGGCCUACACAGGGACCGAGACCCUGACUCCAAGCUAUCUUCCCGGCUGGGGUCCCAAUGGCAAGGUUGCGCCCUCAACUUCGGCUCUCUCCGCCUCGGUAACUGAUUCCGAGUCCUCGACCAUGCCCACCUCGGCCGCUUCCUCCAAUACCAAGACCGGUAGCACCUUGAUCACUGCCGCGCCCACCCUCUCCAGUGGAGCUUCGUCUUCUGCCGCCGCCGGGUCUUCAUCUCUUGCGGCCUCAUCCUCGAGCGCUGCCUCGUCCCGCUCUAGCUUGUCUAGCACAUCUGGCUCGCCUAGCUCGAGUGGCACUUCCAAUGCGACAAGCUCGUCAGGCGCUAGGCCAACUGGUAACGCGGCUAGCGUGUCAGUUUCUAAUGUCGCCAGUGUCCUGGCCUUUGCGGGAGCCUUGGUAGGCGUUAUGGCCUUGUAGAGAGCCCAACUUAGCUGUAUAGUCUUGGCAUUCCUUGUCAACGGUAGCUCGCAAUGAGUGAUGUUGGGAGUAGAUUAAUAUAUGAUCAGUAUCAUUUGCGGA